AUGAACAACAACCUGUGGUUUGCUUCUACAGUCACCUUAUUUAUGGAAAUAGUAACUGGAAUCUUAGGAAAUGGAUUCAUAGCGCUGGUGAAUAUCAUGGACUGGGUUAAGAAAGGAAAGAUCUCUUCAAUGGAUCAGAUCCUCACUGCUCUGGCCUUUUCCAGACUCAGUUUGGUGUGGUCUGUGCUCGUUUGUAUACUGGUAUCUAUAAUGUGUCCAUAUUUGUUUAUGACUUCAGAAAUGAUCAUAGUGACUGAAAUUAUCUGGACAGUGAAUAACCAUUUUAGCAUAUGGCUUGCUACAUGCCUCAGUAUCUUUUAUUUCCUCAAGGUAGCAUUUUUUUCUAAUUCUUUUUUUCUUUACCUAAAGUGGAGAGUUAAAAAGGUGGUUUUAGCCACAUUACUGGUAUCUCUGAUCCUUUUGAUUUUAAACAUUGUAGUUAAACUGGCAUGUAUUUAUUUAUGGAUUGAUUCCCAUGAAGGAAACAUGUUUGAUAGUUUGAGAAACUUUACACAAUUUCCCAGAGCUCUCUUAUUCACCAAUUCAUCCCAUAUUUUCUUACCCACAAACUCCAUAUUUAUGUUCAUACCCUUCAUUGUGUCCCUGGUAGCUUUUCUUCUGCUCAUCUUUUCCUUAUGGAAGCAUCUCAGGAAGAUGCAACUCAGUGCCAAAAGACCCAGAGAUGCCAGCACCUUAGCCCACAUGAAAGCCUUGCAAACUGGGCUUUCCUUCCUGCUGCUAUAUGCAACAUAUUUACUUUUUAUUGUUGUAGGAAUUUCGAGCCUUGGAUCGGUGGAGGAAGCAGUGACCAUUUUCUUUGAGUACUCUUCUGGAUUAGCUUUUCCUACAAGCCACUCAUUUGUCUUGAUUCUGGGAAACAGAAAGCUGAGAGGAGCCACCCUUUCUGUGCUGUGGUGGCUGAGAUGCCAGUCCAAAGAUAUGGACACCUCAGGUCCCUAG